CUCAUCCCUCUCACUCAAAAUUGAAAAGAGAAAAGGCGUCUUAAUAAACGCCACUCUCUGAUUUUCCCAUUCCCCUUUCUUUUCCAUUUCUAGGGUUUCAUUUUCUUUCUUUGUCCCAAUUUUCCCGAGAAAAUGAGGGAGUGCAUUUCAAUCCACAUUGGUCAGGCCGGUAUCCAGGUCGGAAAUGCCUGCUGGGAACUCUACUGCCUCGAACACGGCAUUCAGCCUGAUGGCCAGAUGCCGAGUGACAAGACCGUCGGCGGAGGAGACGACGCCUUCAACACCUUCUUCAGCGAAACCGGCGCCGGAAAGCACGUUCCACGCGCCGUCUUCGUGGAUCUGGAGCCAACCGUCAUCGACGAGGUGAGAACCGGCGCCUACCGCCAACUCUUCCACCCUGAGCAACUCAUCAGCGGCAAGGAGGACGCCGCCAACAACUUCGCCCGUGGUCACUACACUAUCGGUAAAGAGAUCGUUGAUCUCUGCCUUGACAGGAUCCGCAAGCUCGCUGAUAACUGCACCGGGCUUCAGGGAUUCUUGGUGUUCAACGCUGUUGGUGGUGGUACCGGUUCUGGUCUCGGAUCUCUUCUUCUGGAGCGUCUCUCUGUUGAUUACGGCAAGAAAUCGAAGCUAGGGUUUACUGUUUACCCUUCCCCUCAGGUUUCUACAUCAGUUGUUGAACCUUACAACAGCGUCCUUUCAACUCACUCCCUCCUGGAGCACACCGAUGUCGCUGUGCUUCUUGAUAAUGAAGCCAUCUAUGACAUUUGCAGGCGCUCCCUUGACAUCGAGCGUCCUACAUACACCAACCUCAACCGUCUUGUUUCUCAGGUGAUUUCAUCUCUCACUGCCUCUUUGAGGUUUGAUGGAGCAUUGAAUGUUGAUGUGACUGAGUUCCAAACCAACUUGGUUCCAUACCCCAGGAUCCAUUUCAUGCUUUCCUCAUACGCCCCUGUGAUCUCUGCUGAGAAGGCAUACCAUGAGCAACUCUCCGUUGCUGAGAUCACCAACAGCGCCUUCGAGCCGUCUUCCAUGAUGGCCAAGUGUGACCCUCGCCAUGGAAAGUACAUGGCAUGCUGUUUGAUGUACCGUGGUGAUGUUGUUCCCAAGGAUGUGAAUGCUGCUGUUGCCACCAUCAAGACCAAGCGCACCAUCCAGUUUGUUGAUUGGUGCCCAACUGGGUUCAAGUGCGGUAUCAACUACCAGCCACCAACUGUUGUUCCUGGUGGUGAUCUUGCUAAGGUGCAGAGGGCUGUGUGCAUGAUCUCUAACUCCACCAGUGUUGCUGAGGUGUUCUCCAGGAUUGACCACAAGUUUGAUCUGAUGUAUGCUAAGCGUGCUUUCGUGCAUUGGUAUGUGGGUGAGGGUAUGGAAGAGGGUGAAUUCUCAGAGGCUCGUGAGGAUCUUGCUGCUUUGGAGAAGGACUAUGAGGAGGUGGGUGCUGAGUCCGGUGAUGGAGAGGAUGUUGACGGUGAUGAAGACUAUUAGGAUAUGGCUAUGUCUAUCAAUGUGUUUGGAUUUGUGCUUUUUUCUGUUUUCUGUUGGGACAAAAAAUUAUGUUUGUUUGCUUUAUCGUGAAGUUGUGGUGUAAUGUUUGUGCUGCUGAUAGCACAAUUGUUUAAUCAACUUUUUCAUUUCUGCUA